CAUUUGCAUGCAUGCAAUUUGAUACUGAGGAAUUCAUUCCACGUGUCAUGCGAUGUUCAGCAGAACUGCCCCUCUGUAGGUAUGAAUGUCUCUGGAGUACGUGAUGAAACCUGAUUGGUCCAAGCAGGAUAAGAGCUGAUAAAAAAAACAUUUAAAAAUGAGCAACGAUUUGACCCAGGCAUCAGAGAAGUGGAAUGAGAAGGAAGACCAUGAUGAAGAGUUUGAUCCCUCUGCUCCUCUUAGCGUCAGCAGUUGCUGGUGUUGUGGACAUCCAGAAAAGAGUAUUAAAUGCAAGUCCUUGCCCUGAUGAUAAGGGUAGGCAUUACGUGGUUCUGAUGCAACCUGUACAUGAUGUAGCGUUCUGUGGAGGGAAUCUGAUCAAUCAAGAAUGGGUCCUGACUGCUGAGCACUGUAAUAUAGGAGCGUUUCGUGUGGUUUUGGGCAGACAUACAUCUGAAAAAGAAAUAGUGAUGCGGUUUAUCAACACAGAUGAAGGAAAGUAUUUCUUUGACGAUGAUGACAAACACCGUCAUGACAUCAUGCUUCUUAAACUGCCCAAUAAACCCUCAGUGACGCUUCCCAUCAUCAAAGUCCCUGAUAUCGGAUGUACAUCACCUGAUGCUUUACCUGAACACAAUCCCUACACUAUCAUAGGAUGGUCCUACACAGCUACUGACUCUUCUGGGCAAAAAAACAAGGAUAAACCAGACAAGCUGCAAUGUGGUGAUAUUCCACUGCAUUCAGACUGCACUGGUCGUAACAAAGAUCUCCAUGCAGUCGACCGUGAAUACGUAAAAGAACAUAUGAUCUGCUCCAAAAGCGUCCUUCACUGUGAAACCUGCAAAGGGGACUCUGGUGGCAGUCUGGUGAAGGGUGAUAUUCUGUAUGGAGUGACUGUCGCUGGUACUGAAGUCCCCUCGGGAAUUUCUUACUUCAUGGAUGUCUGUGCAUACAGGAAGUGGAUUAAAGAUACUGCAAAAUUCUAAAACUGUCUAUAACUGACCAAAGUUCAGUCAACACUGUAACACUGUCUGAAAAUAAAGAGAUCAUAGAUCUC